AUGUCUUCGUUGACGAAAGGAAUUUUUAUUGUUGCUGCGAAACGUACUCCGUUGGGAGCUUUCGGAGGAAAGUUCGUGAAUCACACUUGCGUUGAUCUACAAGAAGCCGCCGCAAAAGGAGCUUUGCGUGCGGGUGGAGUUCGACCGGAACUCAUUGACUCAGUUGUAAUUGGUAACGUUCUGCAGUGCUCGUCUGCUGAUGCUCCCUACGUGUCGCGACACGUACUUCUACGAUGUGGCAUUCCGAAUGCAGUUCCGGCACUUACUGUUAAUCGUCUUUGUGGAUCAGGAUUCCAAUCCAUCGUGAAUGGCGCUCAUGACAUUCUAAUGGGUGAUUCGAAAAUCGUGCUUACGGGCGGAACGGACAACAUGAGUCAGGCGCCGUUUGCGGUUCGUGAUAUGCGAUUCGGAACAAAGCUUGGAACGCAGUACAAUUUGGAGGACACUCUUUGGGCAGCACUGACUGAUAGACACAUAAAUCUUCCAAUGGGAGUUACCGCGGAAAACCUCGCGGAGAAAUAUAAAAUUACUCGACAAGAAGUUGAUCAGUUUGCGUAUGAAUCGCAAAUGAAAUGGAAGGCAGCGAACGAAAGUGGACAUUUUAGAGACGAAAUAACCCCGGUGGAAAUCAAGGCCAGGAAAGGAUCUCAAUGGGUUGACACAGAUGAGCAUCCGAAACCGACCACAACUUUGGAAGGACUUGCCAAAUUACCGACUGUGUUCAAGAAAAACGGAACUGUGACUCCAGGCUCCGCAUCUGGAGUCUCGGACGGAGCUGGUGCCGUGAUUUUAGCCAGCGAAGCUGCCGUCAAAGAGCAUAAUUUGAAACCACUUGCCCGAUUAGUGGGUUACGGUAUUGCUGGGUGUGAUCCGACAAUUAUGGGAAUAGGCCCAGUUCCGGCCAUUCAUAAGAUGCUGAAGGCCACGGGCAUUAAAUUGUCCGACGUCGAGAACAUUGAGAUAAAUGAAGCAUUCGGCCCGCAAACGAUGGCUUGUCAGCGUGAGCUGAAGUUUGACCCGUCCCUAUUGAACAAGUGUGGUGGGGCCAUUGCCCUUGGACACCCCCUGGGAGCCUCAGGCUCUCGAAUAACUGCUCAUCUUGUUCAUGCGAUGCUGCGUGAUGGAAACAAGUACGGGAUUGGAUCAGCGUGUAUUGGAGGAGGUCAGGGAAUUGCUAUCCUCCUAGAACGCGUUGCGUGAACAUCCUCAAUGGAGCCGUGUCAUCUUGCACGGGAAUCGUGGAUUUACCGAAGGGAUCGGUAGCUUGUUUCCGCGUCUCAACUUUUACUUGACUUCUCUGUCUCCGAUGUGAUUCCAACGAUUUUUUGGUGCUGUGAACUGGAUGAAAGGAUGUUCUGUAGUUUCAAAUGACGGUCAAUAUUUUCGGGGUGUAUGUAAAUGACAAUUUAUUCAAGUUGUAACAGUAUUCCCGCUGUUUCGUUCCAUGUUUUCGUUUUUCGGGUAAGAAUAAAGUGAGCUAUAAUUUCUCAAUCUUUUACGGCGAAGUAUACUGCUACAUAUUUAUUCACGUACA